AUGUCUGAUCUCGGCGAUCAGAUCCCAACUGCCUUCGAUCCCUUUGCUGAGGCCAAUGCUGGGGACUCUGGUGCGGCAGCAGGAUCAAAGGACUACGUUCAUGUACGCAGCCAGCAGCGUAAUGGUCGCAAGAGUCUGACUACUGUCCAGGGAUUGAAUAAGGAGUUCAGCUACAGCAAGAUCCUCAAAGAUCUCAAGAAAGAGUUUUGCUGCAAUGGUACAGUGGUCCAGGACCCAGAACUUGGACAGGUCAUUCAACUCCAGGGUGAUCAGAGGAAGAACGUCUCGAAUUUCCUUGUCCAGGCUGGCAUUGUGAAGAAGGAACACAUCAAGAUUCAUGGUUUCUGA